UACCAGCAACAACGAUAGCUGUAAUAAUAUAUAAUUAAUGCUUAAUACCUCGCUUUUACAUAUAUCUCAAGUCCUGACCGCUCAAGUCAUCAUACAAGUGAAAUUUUUUUUACUGGACUCGAAAAUUACCGUGCCGAUUCUCAGGUGCCUCACGACGUCGUUCAAACGAGUGGCAAUAGUGUCUGUGUGUGUGUGUGACGGGCGAGGGGGUUGGAAUGUGGAAUGUGUGGUUUUUGUUUAGCUCUCUGCAGGGUAAAAUCUCUCUUCCCUUCCGCUCCUGUUACGGCGCCUCUAAACAUGCAUGUGAGGCAUUCUACCUCUCACUGCGAGCAGAGUUGGAGGCAGUGCACAGCCACAUAGCAGUGUGUGUUUUGAGUCCCGGAUAUGUGCAGACCGAGAUAUCUCUCAAUUCCACCACCGGCUCAGGAGAAUCAUAUGGAAAAAUGGACAAGACAAUAGCUAAUGGAAUGAGUGCUUCGGAAUGUGCACGACAGACAGUGGAGGCAUUCGUCUCAGGUAGGAAGGAUGUGUGCAUCGCCCCCUGGUACCACCGCCUGGUCCCCCUAGCCAGAGUGCUCUUUCCCUCUCUCUACUUCUCAGCCAUGGCAAAGAGAGCAGCCAAGGAAGCCACAACAAGUCACAUUGCUGCAAACUGAGGAGAAGGAAAUGAAAUGAGACCAAGCUACAAUUAAUAGAUACUUUUGUCUACAUCAACUUUGAUUUAAUUUAGUUCAUUAAUUUACCAGCAGUGCUUACGGGUCUUGUGUUUUUUUACGAGUCUACAAUUUCCAAUCAUUGUCGCUGUGUAAUUUUUUUCAUGAAGAAUUAUGUAAAUCGGCUGCCUUUUGAUCAUUAUAUGUGGUUUUUUUUGCUUGUGUGGAGUUGAAUAUCCCGUAUUAUAUAUGUAGAUCACCCUCUGCUAAGUUAAUGUAUUUUAUCAGCUAAGGCGGCGAGCUCUGUCGCUUAGAAGAUAAUUUUUAACUCGUUAAUAUCAAGGCUGGGAUUUAAAUCUCGGCGUGUGACUGUGACGGAACUAACAAACGAACAAGAUCAGUUCAAUUGGCCAGCAAUCGUUCUUACAGCGUGUUUCUUACAUGACAGCCAAAGUUGUUCAUUACAAUUCAGCUCUGACU